CUUAGUGCAUGAAAGACUUUUGUUCCAAAUCACAGUUAAACUGUCUAAGAAUAUCUUUUACAACUUGUAGUUUAUGUGGUGCUCCUUGCAUGUUGAAUUCUUCACUCGAACCAAUCCGUCUCCUCAACAUCACUCUGAUUUCUUAACCCAUAAAUUUUCAGAAACAAAGGUAGUAACACAAAGUGGAUCAACUACCCUUGACCUUGAAUUAGUGGCUUAUGUGCUUUGUCCAACAUUAUGAGCUGAAGAUCUUCUGGAAUCGGUGUCAAAAAGGAAUCUUUGAAAAUGGAACAAAGCUGAAUUGUUUGUUCAUCAGCUAUAAGACUGCCUGAUAACCUUUUUACAAGAUGGAAGACUUCAAGAAGGCAACAGUUUUCAUCUUUCAAAAAUUCUACAAUCGAGUCCUCCCUCACCAUUACAAAGAUAAGCAAAAAGCCUCAACGAUUUUUCUCUAAGUGUUUUUUUCGGAGUGGAACCACCUGACUUGGUAAAGAAAUCAGCAAGAGAGGAUUGUACAAUGGGGCAUUAUUAUUACCACAUCUUGUUCCUAGGAUUUACUCUUCUACAAUCUUACAGUGUCUCAGGAUAUGGGCCCAACCAAAGGGCACAGAAAAAGGGAGACAUUAUAUUAGGAGGCCUUUUCCCAAUACACUUCGGAGUGUCUGUAAAGGAUCAAGACUUAAAAUCUAGACCAGAGGCAACUAAAUGUAUUAGGUACAACUUUAGGGGAUUCCGGUGGUUGCAGGCAAUGAUAUUUGCAAUUGAGGAGAUCAACAAUAGCAUGAAAUUUCUUCCAAAUAUCACUCUCGGAUACAGGAUAUUUGAUACAUGCAACACAGUGUCUAAAGGCCUGGAAGCAACUCUGAGUUUUGUAGCCCAGAAUAAAAUCGACUCGCUGAACUUGGACGAGUUUUGUAACUGCUCUGAUCACAUCCCAUCAACGAUAGCAGUUGUGGGGGCAACAGGAUCUGGAAUUUCAGCUGCAGUCGCCAAUCUGCUGGGGUUAUUUCACAUUCCACAGGUCAGCUAUGCCUCCUCAAGCAGGCUCUUAAGCAACAAGAAUGAGUACAAGGCUUUUCUUCGCACAAUCCCCAAUGAUGGGCAGCAGGCUACUGCAAUGGCUGAAAUUAUUGAGCAUUUUCAGUGGAAUUGGGUAGGCACUUUGGCAGCUGAUGACGAUUAUGGGCGUCCAGGGAUAGAUAAGUUUCGGGAAGAAGCUGAAGAACGGGACAUCUGCAUAGAUUUCAGUGAGAUGAUUUCUCAGUAUUAUACCCAGAAACAGGUGGAACAGCUUGCAGAUAUCAUUCAGAAUUCCUCAGCCAAAGUGAUUGUUGUCUUCUCAAAUGGCCCUGACUUGGAACCACUGAUACAAGAGAUAGUUCGCCGAAACAUCACUGGUAGAAUAUGGCUGGCAAGUGAAGCAUGGGCAAGUUCCUCAUUGAUAGCCAAGCCAGAAUAUUUCCAUGUUGUUGGUGGAACCAUUGGAAUUGCCCUCCCAGCAGGCCGCAUCCCAGGAUUCAAUGAGUUUUUAAAAAGAGUCCAUCCCAGCAGAUCGUCGGACAAUGGAUUUGUCAAGGAAUUUUGGGAAGAAACAUUCAAUUGUUAUUUCACUGACGAAUCCCUAACACAGCUAAAAAAUUCAAAAACACCAACCCAUGGAUUAGCAAUGCAGGAUGGCAAUGUUAAAGUGCAACAUUCCACAAGAACAAGAUCAAGACUUCCAUGCACUGGAGAAGAGAAUAUCACGAGUGUGGAAACUCCUUAUCUGGAUUAUACUCACCUACGUAUUUCGUAUAAUGUAUAUGUCGCAGUAUAUUCAAUUGCUCAUGCUCUGCAGGACAUCUAUGACUGCAAACCAGGCAAGGGUAUUUUUGCAAACGGAUCAUGUCCUGAUAUAAAGAAAGUUGAAGCAUGGCAGGUUCUCAACCAUCUGCUGCAUUUGAAGUUUACAAACAGCAUGGGUGAACAGGUUGACUUUGAUGAUCAAGGUGACCUUAAAGGAAAUUAUACCAUUAUCAAUUGGCAGUUGUCCCCUGAAGAUGAAUCUGUAGUGUUUCAAGAAGUUGGCAACUACAAUGCAGAUGCUAAACCAAGUGACAGACUCAACAUAAAUGACAAGAAAAUCUUGUGGAGUGGCUUCUCAAAAGUGGUGCCUUUUUCAAACUGCAGUCGUGAUUGUGUGCCUGGAACCAGGAAGGGAAUAAUUGAAGGGGAGCCUACCUGCUGUUUUGAGUGUGUAGCAUGCGCAGAAGGGGAGUUUAGUGAUGAAAGUGACGCAAGUGCAUGUACAAAAUGUCCCAAUGAUUUCUGGUCAAAUGAGAAUCAUACGUCAUGCAUAGCCAAGGAGAUUGAAUACCUGUCAUGGAUUGAACCUUUUGGAAUUGCCCUGACAAUAUUUGCCAUUCUGGGAAUAGUGAUGACUUCCUUUGUUUUGGGAGUAUUCAUUAAGUUCAGAAAUACACCUAUUGUGAAAGCUACUAACAGAGAACUCUCCUAUCUCCUCCUCUUUUCCUUAAUCUGUUGUUUCUCCAGCUCAUUGAUCUUUAUUGGAGAACCUAAGGAUUGGACCUGUAGAUUGCGUCAACCUGCAUUUGGGAUUAGUUUUGUGCUGUGUAUUUCUUGCAUUCUGGUGAAAACGAAUCGCGUAUUAUUAGUCUUUGAGGCCAAGAUCCCAACCAGCCUCCAUCGAAAGUGGGUGGGCCUCAAUUUGCAAUUCUUACUUGUUUUCCUCUGUAUUCUAGUGCAAAUAGUUACUUGUGUUAUCUGGCUUUACACAGCACCCCCUUCAAGCUACAGAAAUCAUGAACUAGAAGAUGAAAUCAUUUUUAUUAUGUGUGAUGAAGGCUCCUUAAUGGCACUUGGUUUUCUCAUUGGUUACACGUGCCUCCUUGCUGCCAUUUGCUUCUUUUUCGCCUUUAAGUCUCGCAAACUCCCAGAGAACUUCAAUGAGGCCAAGUUCAUUACCUUCAGUAUGCUGAUAUUUUUCAUAGUCUGGAUCUCAUUCAUUCCUGCUUAUGUCAGCACUUACGGGAAAUUUGUUUCAGCUGUAGAAGUCAUUGCUAUUCUUGCAUCAAGUUUUGGGUUACUUGGAUGCAUUUAUUUUAACAAAUGCUACAUAAUUUUGUUUAAACCGUCGAGAAAUACAAUUGAAGAAGUGAGAUGCAGUACAGCUGCCCAUGCUUUUAAAGUGGCAGCAAAGGCAACUUUGCGGCGUAGCAACCUGUCUCGUAAAAGAUCUAACAGUGUUGGUGGUUCAACUGUCUCCUCUCCAACAUCUUCAAUCUGUAGUCAAAGCGCCCAUGAUGAGAGAAUCACCAUGGAAAUGCAGAGAUGCAGCAAGCAGAAGGUCAGUUUUGGCAGUGGAACUGUCACUUUAUCCCUGAGCUUUGAGGAAACUGGAAGGUACGCAACUGUUAGCAGGAACAUGAGGCAGAGAAACUCAAUGGAAGCCAAAUACAGCGAUGACUUUUUGACAAAGCAUAAUGUUUUGAUCCCUCUUCAGAACUGUGAGACAGGAAAUGAUACAUGGUGCAAGACAAUGGGAAACAAUGGAUCAGGAACUCUUGAGUCAUUGGAUGGUAGCAAAGAACAUGCUAAACAUACUGAAGAAAUAUCUUCCAACACUUCAAUAAAUUCAAGAAACCUUGUUGAUGGCACCAUUGUAGAUAAUGCUAUAAAUUCUUAACAAUGUAGUAUUUUCAGAUCGUUCCAAUGUUUGUGUGAAUUGUGGUGCAAAAAGAAUUAUGCUUUUCUGGUUUGCACCAAAAAUGAAAAUUCAAAAAUUUUCCUAGAAAACUGACUAAGCAGCAAUUCAGAACAUUCAGGUGUUGUUGAAACUGAGAGGUAUAUUAGGACAGCACUUUUGUCAUGGCAGGCCAAUUCCUGGAUUUUCCAUAACAAUGAUAUACACAUUUCAAAGCUUGCAUUUGGAUUUUUUCAGUAACGCUUCAGAAGAAGUUGCAGAGAGAGGAACAGAAAGAAAACAAUCAUAUAAAAAAGAAUGGCCUGUGGAUCCACAAUUUAACAACUUUAUUCUUUCAAAGCUUGCCAUAUAACAGAGACUACAAAGAGCCAUGCAUACUGGAAUGGUCAUUAAAGUUGUGAUUGUGUAAACUUCUGUAUAUUUGCAAGAUGAUAUAUUGGGUCAUACAUUUAAAGAAAUCCAAAUAAUUAAACAUUGAGCACCGAAAAUACAAAUGAUCUUUUGAUAUCCUUCAAGAAAAAUUAUGCUGUUACAAAAAUGCAUUGCACCUAUGCUAUACCACUACUGCAGGUUGUUUAUUUAGCAUUAUCAUGACAGCUAUGCUAUGGAAAUGCUACAGCAGUGUUAAAGUUCAUCUGAAGUGAGGUCCAUUGUUUUAACAGAAAUAUGACUCAGGAAGCAAAACAAUGUCACCGGUUGGUAAUGGGUUAUCAAAUUAUGUUUCCAUGGUUAUUGUUCUCAUGUUACACCUAUCAAUUCAUUUGUAUUCAGUGUUACAGCAUGGAUAUUGUUGAAAGAGCAGGAAGUGACAAAUUUGAUGUUGGUUAUUAGGAAUUUGAGUGAUGAAGAGAAGCCAGAGAGGUUGGGCUUGUUUCCUUUAUAAAAAAAGCAAAUUUUAUAAGAUCAAAUUGAAGUCUUCAAAAUUACGAAGAGAAAUGGUGAAGGGAAUCUUUUACAAGAUGGUACAAAUAAAAUAAUUAAGAAUGUAGAAUUGAAAAGAAAGAAACUUUUUCAUUUUCAAGGUAAUAUAGUUGUGGAUUAAGUUACUAAGGGAGAUCAUUGAAGAGGACAGCAUAAAUUGUUCGAGAAGCAAUAAGAUGUGUUUCUGGAGAGAGAAAGGACUCAAAAACUUGUCUGAGUUUUUAAAGAACUACCCAAAAAGAUUGAGGGCAGAGCAGUGUUUAUUUGGACUAUAGUAAAGCAUUCAACAAGGUUCCACAUGGUAGACUAAUUAAUAAAGUUAGAUGACAUGGGAUUCAGGGUGAGCUUGCUAAUUGGAGACAAAAUUGGCUUUAUGGUAGGAGAGAGAAGGUGGUGGAGGAAGAUGGUUUUUCAGAUUGGAAGUCUGUAAACAGUGGUGUUUCACAAGGAUUGGCACUUUUGUUUCUCAUUUAUAUAAAUGAUUUGGUUGAGAAUAAAGGAGGUUAGUAAGUUGCAGAUUAUAUCAAAAUUGGUGGUAUAGUGGACAGUGAAGAAGGUUGCCAAAGAUUACAAAAAGAUCUUGAUUAACUGGGUCAAUGGAAUGAAGAGUGGCAGAUGGAGUUUAAUUUGGAUAAAUGUGAAGUAUUGUAAUUUGGUAGCACUAAUAAGGACAGGACUUAUGUUAUUAAUGGUAGGGCCUUGGGUAGUGUAGAGAGACCUAGGACUCAGGUACGUAAGAAGGUUAUUAGCAUGCUUGCCUUCAUUUCUCAGACCUUUGACUACAGGAGUCGGGACGCCAUAUUGAGGUUGUUCAGGACAUUGCUAAGGCGUCUACUAUAGAAUUGAGUGUGCAGAUCUGGUCGUUAUACGGAGGAUAUUACUAAACUGCAGAGGGUUCAGAAAAAAUUUACUGGUAUGUUGCUGGGAUGAACAGUUUGAGAUAUAAAAAUAGGUUGGAAAGCCUAGGCUUGUUUCCACUGGAGCAUAGGAGGUUGAGGGGUGGUCUUAUAAAAUCAUGAGGGACAUAGAUAUGGUGAAUGACAAGGGUGUCUUCUGUAGGGUGGGGGAGUUCAAAACUAGGAGGUGUAUUUUUAAGGUGAGAGGAGAAAGAUUUAAAAAGGACACGAGGGACAACUUUUUUAUCACAGAGAAUGAAUGGCCAGGGAAAGUGGUGGAUGCAGGUACAGUUACAAUGUUUAAAAGACAUUUGGAUAAGUUCAUGAACAGGAAAGGUUUGGAGGGUUAUGGGCUAAGUGCAGGCUGGUGGGACCAAUUUAGUUUGGGAACAUGGUUGGCAUGGGCUGGUUGGUCUAUAAGGCUGUUUCCAUGCUGUGUGACUCUAUGGCUGCAAUUCACACUGACAGAUGAUAUUUGAUAUCUCAAAAAGAAUUAGCUUUGGAAUUGAUGGCCAUAUUCAGUCUCUAAAAAAAUUGAAAAUCUUUAUUUGAAGUGCAAUAUUACUUUAGUUUGCUACACUAGCAUAGUCCUGCAACAUGUAUCAAAUUAUUUUUAAGUUACUGUAUGAAAGUCAAUGCUGUUUUAACCUAUGAGUGCAAAGACAGAUUUGUGAUCCUGUGAUAUUCUAAUAGUGUUGAUAGCAAAAAAACUCAUAUUAAAAAUAUAAAGUCAGCUGUUGUAAAGUCAAGAAAGGAAGACGGAACAUAAAAGAAGAGUAAGAUGUAAAGAGAGCCUAGGAAGGAAAUUUCAUGGCAACGUAAAAUAAGAGUAGUAAAAAUGUAUGAACAAUUUCUUGUCUGUUCUGUAGAUUAUUUUAAUGCCUGACAGUAAUUUGCUAGAGGUGAGUUAAUAUUGGAGCAAAAAUAAUGAGAAGAUACUUGGUACAAUAAAACAGCCUUGUAUAAACAUAAUUGUCAUUGAGAUAGGGUUAGUGUGGUUCCAUUGGUGAGGAGUACAGCUUGUGUACAUUAUGGCGUAGAUGGAGGACGAAUUAUGACUAAUUUCUGACGGCAGUAAAGUCUGAGGAGGUGACUCCAAAAGUCUCCGUACUUGACAGAGUCAAGGGCUUGUGUGAGGUUGAAAAAGGCCAUAAAUAUAGCUGGUUGGUCUGGAGACCAGGACUGCCUAUUGCAGGUGCUUCAAAGUAGAGGGGAAGUACAAUUACUUGUGCCUUUGCAGGAUCCUCCAAGUCUAAAAGUGAACAAGCAGCAAAGUCCUCUCCCAAGCCAACAUGCCCACUAUAGAAGCAUUAAUCACUUUGAACUAGCUGUGCUGGCAGGGACGUCAGACUCCCAAAGCAACUGCUCCACUUAGGACUCAGUCGUGGUAGGACACUUUGAGGAGGACAGCAGAAAUGUUUCAGAGUUUUCUUCAAAACAUAUCUGAAGGGGUUAAACAUAUCCAUUGACUCAUGAGAUUUAUCAAAAUGGGGAAAGUUCAUUCAGGAAAGCACUGAAUAUGUCAACAAAUGUCAUUGGGAAUGUGCCGCGGCAAAGUUGAGGCAUCAACAGGAGCAGACAAACCUCCAAACAACCUAUCUACUCGACCCUUCCAUUCUAUCUGCCCUGUGCUUGGCAGAGUCUGCAUAUCAGGUAUUGGAUUUAUCAGCCAUCCCAGAACCCAUCAAACUAGUAUGGAAGAAAGACGGGACUGAUGAGAUGAUAAAAAGUUGUUUGUGAUUCAGUGAGAUUGAAAUAAAAAUAAUGUGGAACAGAAGAGCAGCUAAUGAUAGUGGUGACUUAAAAGGCUGAGCACUGCAAUGGCAAUUAUGUUGUUCCAUCAAUGCAAGUCUGAUAUCGAAGUAAUGUGACGUCAUUCUGACAAUAGUAAUGGUAUAAUGUGAGAAUGAUAAAACAGCAAUGGAGGGGUAUGGAAUAGUUGGCAUUUGUAAGAUUAAUGAGGCAACAGUAACACAUAAUGUAAAAUUAAAAUUGUCCUAUCACUUUCACCUAGAGUUAAUAUGACAUGAAAUGUCUGUUUUUUUAAUGCUUCUGAAGAUUGACAAUUUCAGAUCUGCAAGGUGUGACAGGAUAAGUAACCGAAUUGAUGUCACAAUGAGACAAGCUGACUUAGUAGGUGAAACAAAGAGCCAAUCAACUGAAAUACAUUUACCCUAUAUAAUUGGAUGAUGUUUGUUAUAACUACAUGGCCAGAUAGUGAAACUGUGGCUCUUCCAUUAUCAGGUUAGCCAGAGGAAAAGUAGACAUUGAGAAUUUAGAGCCAUGUGAAGCUGUAACCAAGAUUGGCAGCUGGAACAAUUUCUUUUCAUUUAUAUUUGAAACUUCAAGGAACUGUAACA